AUGUCCACCAGGGCAGCAUCAGCUGUGAUUGUGGGAUCUACCACCUUUCUAUACCUGCUGAUGGAGCCGGGGGAAGAUGACUUCUACCAGCAGCACUUCCAGCGCUCCCUGGCCCGGAAUAACAGUAUGACCUCUGGAAGGAAGGCCCAGCCAGGCCUGCAGUGCUCCAUCUUGAGCCAAGUGGCCUGGCUGCAUUGCAUGCUGGGAGCCGUAGUUUUGGGUCGUCUCUCUCUUAAAGAUGGAGGCGGCUGCAGCGUAGAAGCCGGGGAUACUUCGGCUGCCCUGGCCUACUCAGACGUGGCAGAGGCCCCCCUCUCUCUCUCUUUGCAGAAUGCACCAUGUAUCUUCUUUGCUGCCCGACACGCCAGCUCUACUUCCACGAACCUGAAAGACGUCCUGGCCAACUUGGUUCCCAAGGAGCAGUCGAGAAUCAAGAGCUUCAGGCAGCAAUAUGGCAACACGGUCAUCGGGCAAGUCACUGUGGAGAUGGUGUACGGCGGGAUGAGAGGCAUGAAGGGGUUAAUAUCCACUGAUUCCCUUCUCCACCCUUCUCUCCAGGGCAUCCGCUUCCGUGGGUACAGCAUCCCCGAGUGCCAGAAGCUGCUGCCCAAAGCCCCAGGAGGGGAGGAGCCCCUGCCCGAGGGCCUCUUCUGGCUGCUGCUGACCGGAGACAUCCCCACGCAGGAACAGGUGAGCUGGGUCUCUCAAGAGUGGGCCAAGAGGGCGGCUCUGCCCUCCCACGUGGUGACCAUGCUGGACAACUUCCCCACCAACCUGCACCCCAUGUCCCAGCUCAGCGCCGCCAUCACCGCCCUCAACAGCGAGAGCAGCUUCGCCCGGGCCUACUCCGAGGGCAUCAACCGGGCCAAGUACUGGGAGUUCAUCUACGAGGACUCCAUGGACCUGAUCGCCAAGCUGCCUUGCAUCGCCGCCAAGAUCUACCGCAACCUGUACCGCGAGGGCAGCAGCAUCGGGGCCAUCGACCCCAGCCUGGACUGGUCCCAUAACUUCACCAACAUGCUGGGCUACAGCGACCCACAGUUCAUCGAGCUCAUGCGGCUCUACCUCACCAUCCACAGUGAUCACGAGGGCGGGAACGUCAGCGCCCACACCAGCCACCUGGUGGGCAGCGCCCUCUCCGACCCGUACCUCGCCUUCGCCGCGGCCAUGAACGGCCUGGCUGGGCCGCUGCACGGCCUCGCCAAUCAGGAGGUGCUGGUGUGGCUGACGAACCUGCAGAAGGAGCUGGGCCAGGACGUGCCUGAUGAGAAGCUGCGAGAUUUCAUCUGGAACACGCUGAACUCCGGCCGGGUGGUCCCCGGCUACGGCCAUGCCGUGCUGAGGAAGACGGACCCCCGGUACACCUGCCAGCGGGAGUUCGCCCUCAAGCACCUCCCCAAGGACCCCAUGUUCAAACUGGUGGCGCAGCUCUACAAGAUCGUCCCCAACGUGCUCCUGGAGCAGGGCAAGGCCAAGAACCCCUGGCCCAACGUGGACGCGCACAGCGGGGUGCUGCUGCAGUAUUACGGCAUGAAGGAGAUGAAUUACUACACGGUGCUGUUCGGCGUCUCGCGGGCCCUGGGCGUCCUGGCCCAGCUCAUCUGGAGCCGGGCGCUCGGCUUCCCGCUGGAGAGACCCAAGUCCAUGAGCACGGACGGCCUCAUGCAGCUCGUGGGCUUCAAAUCGGGUUAAAGGAAGGGAUGGGAUUGGGGGGGGGGGGGAGCCUGCGCUUGCCAGCUGUCCAGGGGCCGUUUAAAGAGACAGUACACCUUUUCCCUUCCAAGGGCCUCGGCCAGACGCUAGAAUUAAACCUUUCUCUGAGGCACUGACCAUAAGUUUCAGGUUAUUUAUGGUGUAAAUUAAAAUUAAAACAAUCAGCCCCCUUCCUAUCUCCCCCAAUCCGCCUGCCGCCAUUAGCGGCACCUCUGUUAAACUCCUGAGCCAAGCAGAGCCCAGCC